CUCUCUCUCUCUCUCUCUCUCUCUGCGGAGGAGCCAUCGCUGACCGUCCGUGCGGCGCUACUGCCCGCGCACCGAUCGUCACCCGUGCACGUUGCGCGCAUUUGCCACGAAAACGUCUGGAAAUGUGAACGACGUCCGGCCGUUAAUGAGUUUGGGAAACUCUCAGCGAGAGUAUGAGAAACAUGUGCUGCUGUACAGCAUCCGCAACCAGCUGCGGUUCCGCAAUAACCUAGUGCGCCACGUCAGAAAGGACGAGCGUAAGUAUUAUGAGGAGCUGCUGAAGUACAGUCGCGACCACCUGAUGCUGUACCCCUACCACCUGUCUGACAUCAUGGUCAAAGGGCUGCGGGUCACUCCCUUCUCGUAUUACAUAGGAAUCAUGGAGGAUAUUAUGAACAGCGAGAAGAGUUACGACUCCUUGCCCAACUUCACGGCUGCUGACUGCCUGCGGCUGCUCGGCAUUGGGAGAAACCAGUACAUUGACCUAAUGAACCAGUGCAGGUCCUCCAAAAAAUUCUUCCGCAGGAAAUCGGCGCGGGACCUGCUACCAGCCAAACCAGUAGAGAUCUCCGUGGAGCCUUGGUGGGUGGCGCAGACGGGCUACAUCACCGAGGAUGAUAUCAGGAUCUGUUCACCCGCAGAGAAGAAAGCCAUUGAUAAGAUGAUAGAUUCUGGGCCUCAGCUGGCUGGAUCAAUGGAGUACAAUGUUGUUUUAAGCUUGUACAACCGGGGUUUUAUCUACCUGGACGUUCCCAUAUCUGACGACAGCUGCAUCUCUGUGCCCCCGCUGGAAGGCUUUGUCAUGAACCGCGUCCAGGGCGAUUACUUUGAAACCCUUCUCUACAAAAUCUUCGUGUCCAUCGAUGAGCAGACAAACGUAGCGGAGCUCGCAAACGUCUUGGAGAUCGACUUGGACUUGGUGAAGAAUGCUGUGUCCAUGUACUGCCGCCUCGGCUUCGCUGUGAAGAAAGGUCAGGUGUUCAGCUCAGACCAGCUCCACCCCACCUGGAAGAACGCUCCGUCUGUCAACCGGCUCAAGAGCACCAUGGACCCACAGAAGAUGCUGCUGUCCUGGGAGCAGGGCAGCCCCGUCAUGGAAGGAGGGUCCUCAGCCACCGACACGGACACCACCAGCCUGGAAGACCAAGCAGACACAGCCAGCGUUAGCAGCCUCAGCAUCCCAGCUGCUCCCACCAAAAGGAUCGCCUUCCUCUUUGACUCCACCCUCACGGCCUUCCUCAUGAUGGGCAACCUGUCCCCGAACCUGAAGAGCCAUGCGGUGACCAUGUUUGAGGUGGGAAAGCUGUCCGACGAGACCCUCGACAGCUUCCUGGCCGAGUUGGAGAAGGUGGAGAGCACCGCAGAGGGUGAGGCCCAGCGGUACUUUGACCACGCUCUGACCCUGAAGAACACCAUCCUCUUCCUGCGCUACAACAAAGAGCUCACUCAGGACCAAGGGCCUGACAUCCCUAAUAUAGGCUUCCCCUUGGAUAUGCUGCGCUGUGAGAGCCUCCUGGGCCUGGACCAGGCCACCUGCAGCCGCGUCCUCAACAAGAACUACAAACUGCUCGUUUCGAUGGCGCCGCUCAGUAACGAGAUCAGGCCCAUCAGCAGCUGCACGCCUCAGCACAUUGGCCCUGCGAUCCCUGAGGUGAGCUCCAUCUGGUUCAAGCUCUACCUGUACCACGUGACCGGCCAGGGCCCGCCGAGCCUGCUGCUCUCCAAAGGCUCCAGGCUCCGCAAACUGCCGGACAUAUUCCAGGUCUAUGACAGGUUGUUGAUCACUUCCUGGGGUCACGACCCUGGAGUCGUUCCUACAUCCAACGUGCUGACCAUGCUCAACGACGCCCUCACACACUCUGCUGUUCUCAUCCAGGGUCAUGGCGUGCAUGGCCACGGAGAAACCGUUCACAUCCCGUUUCCCUUUGAUGAGGAGGACAUGAAGGGAGAGUUCUCCUACUCCAACAUGUGUGUGCACAAGGCGCUGCAGAAGCUGAAGGAGCAUGUGGAUCUGGAGCAUCAGUGCGGCUACGUCACCAUGCUCAACUCCAACAACAGGCACCGCCGCAGGCCCAGCGACAGCGCUGAGUGCCGAGGAGAUACUCAUCUAGGUGGAGGCAUCGAUACCAACGGCAGCACCGAGUCCUUUGAGCUCGUGACAGAGGAGAACAAUGGCGAAAGCAAAGGAAAGACAGAGAGCCUUUCAUCGGAGGACGAGUGGGUUCCUCUCGAGCUCUGCUUCGGCAUGCCUCUCUUCAGCUCUGAGCUCAACCGCAAAGUGUGUCGAAAGAUCGCCUCGCACAAACUGUGCAGCAGCGAAAGCCUCCAAGAGCUACUCCACUCGAGCCGCAAGCUGUCGCUGAAGGUGCUGAGCUUCGUCCAGUCAUUCCAGGACGGCGCCCUGCCCUCCGACCUGGACGGCGGCACGUCGAACCCUCUCAGCCAGCCGCCGGCGGAGUCCGGCGUCCCCCUGCCCGCCCUCAACCUCCUCUUCAAGGACGGGCAGCUGAAGGAGUGGAGCGGGCGGGCCCCCCCUCCCCUGGACAUCUCAGCGCUGCAGAAGGACCAGUCCACAUAAGAGCCACCCUCCUCCCCGACAACUCCUCAGGUCGGUCCUGAGGCAAACAGCAUCUCAUGGGAACGGACCACCAUCUCUUGCAGAUUCAUGAGUCACUGAGAAGGUUCUUCAUGCAUCACAUGGAAACGUUUAGGAAACAUUUAUUUCUAUCCAUUAGUGUCCAGCGCCCUGCAAACACUGUCGUUUUACUGCUGUAUGAGGAAUCACUCUAACACUAGUUCGCCCCCCCUCCUCCUCGCUGUUUCCCCCCUGUGAUCGCUCGUAUUCGUAGCAACGCAGUGUUAUUUGUUGCGGUGGUGCUAUUAUCACAGUAUAUAACAGUGCUCCCAACCCAGAAGACCAGUUCACUGGAAGCACAGGCGCUGUUCUCCGCUGACUGUCCUCCACCCAUCCCUACUUCUGUUUCGUGAAACUUGAGAGCGGAGUGGUGAAUAUUGUAUAGAUGUUAUCGAGGUGACCCACAAAAUAAACACUGAAGUAUUGAACUGACUUCUUCAGGAAUCAUUUGACAGUAUGCAUCUAGGACCGAGUCUUCGGGCUUAGCGAGUCCCCACCUGUGUCGUCUAAUGAAUUAAUCCGAUGCAUGAUAAUGUUGCACAAUUUGUACCACAGGAAUAUUUUCCUUCGUACUUGUAAUCAAUAUUGGGGCAUUUUUUUUUUAUUUUCAUUGUGCAGGAUUUCUCCAAACCUGUGGAGGAAGUAGUGUCAUGUGGUUUUUGUUGUUAUUAUGAUGGAUCCCCUCUAGUACACGCUCAAUAAGAGAUUAGUUCCUCUCUUGGAAACUGGGAAUCAGACAAACCGCUUACUUUAAUGUUCUAUGGUAUUAAUCUUUCACAAAACUAGAAAACACCAAAGACCUGUUCUUUUUUUUUUUUUCCUGUAAAAUGAUUUUUUUUAAAUAUUUUGUUGCCUUAUAAUUCUCAGCCAAUCAAAACUGAUCAGGUUUUAGUUAGUUCUGCUUUUGUUUUGUAUUUUUUUUUAGUUUUUUUAAAUUUACUAAUGUACUGUGUGAGUGUAUAUAACUUGUGAAAUCAACACUAGGUCGUGAACAAACCAACCACUCAUCGCCUUUGCUCGAGAAUUCAAUCCGAUUAAGCGAGUGCAUGUAAUUGUGCAGAACGGGACCAGCGGGGUCCGGGUUUGACCCCGGCCCGGUGCCGCUGCCGCCUGGCAGCGUCUCUCCCCGGAGCCACUCCAGUGUGUGCUGCGCGGUGCGCUGUUGGCCGGCCCGCCGCGCUCUCCAAGGGAUUCUGUUUACACCGUGUUUUGAAAAAUGGGGUUUGUAGUUUAGAGCGGAGGAGGCACUUCGCUUCGCCGCGAAGACUGUCACUUACCCGAGGGACGCGAAUGCUAAUGUCUUGCCCAGCUUCUCAGAGAUGUGAUGGCCCAAAAAGUGUGUGAAGUCUGUCAUGAAUUUUGAGUGUGGCUCCAAGAAUAUAAAGUACUUUACAUUGCAUUUAGAGCGGUAACCCAUUUUGUUGAGUUUCUUUUGAAGGAAUCUUCUUCCUGCAGUUCUUGACCUACUUGUGGUUGUUGUUUCAAAAACGUGAUGCUGAAA